AGAGGUGCCACAUAUACGCAAUGUAGGGACGGCUGAAAACAUUAAUUUUGGCAAAAUUAGGACAUUAGAAACUAAAUCAAGGAUACGGAAUUGUUCAGGAAAAUCUAUGUCGAUAUUUUGUAACAACCCCCGCAACUAGACUCCGUCCUUUCUGUUCAUAAUCUAGAAUCUAGAACAAUCUUUUAAUAACCGUAUUAUACAUACGUAUUAUACAACCGUAUAACACACAUACGUAUAUAUACAUGUAGUUUGUAGGUUAUACUUGCAUGUAAUUUUAUGUAACAAAUAUUGAAUAAUGUUUAAAUCAUCAAUUAAUGGAAGCUUACGAUCUCAUGAAUUUAAUUUUCCGGGAUGAUUUCAGAUUUUGAACGCGUUUUAUAAGAACACAUUCUAGUAAAUUAGAAAAUGAUGUAUUCACGUAGAUUGUUUAGGAACUUUACGUCAGAAUUUGUUAUAGAAUAUCGUUGUCAUGAAUCCAAAGUAUGAUAACGAGAACAUAAUACUCACUGACGUUAAACGCUAUUUUGCGUGUAUAAACAAUAGUUCUUUAAUAAAUAUCAAUAUUCGUAUUGCGAUGAACGUUCAUAGAGGGAUUCAUAAAGUUGCAUAUAUUGUUGCAGGAUCAACAAAUUUAUUUAGAUCAUACUUGGACUUUACAUUUGUGCCAAAGUGUAAACCAGCCAAGGAUUCUGAUAUAAUGAGAUUGAAAGAAAUAAUUAAUGUACACAAUAAUAUAUGCAUAUUAACCGGAGCAGGAAUUUCUACGGAAAGUGGCAUUCCUGAUUAUAGGUCUGAGAAUGUUGGUUUGUAUGCGAGAAGCAAUCGCAGACCUGUACUUUAUAAAGAUUUUUGUGCAAGCAACACUGUUAGAAAACGCUACUGGGCUAGGAAUUAUAUCGGUUGGCCAAGAUUCUCCUCUCUCAAACCCAACGAUGCUCAUAAAUUAUUAAAGAAAUUAGAAGAUACGCAAAAAGUUAGAUGCAUUGUUACUCAAAAUGUUGAUAAUCUGCAUGUGAAAGCAGGCAGUAGAAGAGUGAUAGAAUUGCAUGGAACAGCAUUCAGAGUAAUGUGUCUCGAUUGUGAUCACAAAAUCUGUAGAUAUUAUUUACAAGACAUUUUAGAUAGUCUCAAUCCAAAUUUUACUGUAACUGCUCAAAUGAUAAGGCCUGAUGGAGAUGUGGAUUUGUCGCAGGAACAAGUAGAAAAAUUUAUUGUUCCCAACUGCACGAAUUGUGGCGGCAUUCUGAAACCUGACAUUGUAUUUUUUGGAGACAACGUACCACGUUGGGUGGUAGAGAGUGUACAAUAUAAUGUCAAACAUUCUGAUUUAUUAUUAAUCUUAGGCUCUACAAUGACUACAUAUUCUGCUUAUAGAAUAGCGUUACAAGCCAAUAAUAUUGGAAUACCUAUAGCUAUAUUAAAUAUUGGUCAGACAAGGGCAGACGAUCUUGCAAGCAUCAAAGUGGAGGGUAGAUGUGGUGAAGUACUCUCAAGAAUUUUUACAGUAGAUGAGAACGCAGAACGUACAGAACAAUAAUAUAUAUCCAUUAAAUAAAUUAAUUAAAUAAACAAUUUUAAAACAGGUUA